UCGCGCCCGCCCAUUCGCUGGGCCGCCUCCAGCACUCCGGCUCCGCGAGGCGCCGCCGGCGACGCGCGCGGGGAGCGCAGUGAACACCAGCCCAGCAGCCGGCGCCGCCUCGGAGGCUCCCAGGCUCCGGUCAGAGCCGCCUUCGCCCUGCCCCCGACUCCAACUGCGGCCGCCACCCGCCUCCAGGGUGCGAAGUACCACAUUAUUAUCAUCUCCCUGUGAGUGGGAUUGGUACCCCAGCUGCACCUCCUGGCACAAGUGCUCCAGGAAACACAGACUAGUGCCGGUUGACAGCCUGCUUUACCAGGCCCCAGGCAUGGAGGAGUUGAUAUGGGAACAGUACACGGUGACCCUACAGAAGGAUUCCAAGAGAGGAUUUGGAAUUGCAGUGUCCGGAGGCAGAGACAACCCACACUUUGAAAAUGGGGAGACAUCAAUAGUCAUUUCUGACGUGCUCCCGGGUGGGCCCGCCGAUGGGCUGCUUCAAGAAAAUGACAGGGUGGUCAUGGUUAACGGUACCCCCAUGGAAGGCGUGCUCCAUUCGUUUGCUGUUCAGCAGCUGAGGAAAAGUGGGAAGAUCGCUGCCAUUGUGGUCAAGAGGCCCCGGAAGGUCCAGCUGGCCCCGCUGCAGGGCAGCCCUCCCGUCCACGAGCAUGACCGGGCUUUCGAGCUGAUGGACGAGUUUGAUGGCAGAAGCGCGCGCAGCGGGUACAGCGAGAGGAGCCGGCCCAAUAGCCGCGGAGGGCGCAGCCGCAGCUGGGAGGAAAGCCCGGAGAGGAGGGGUCGUCCCCACGACCGGGCGCGCAGCCGGGAGCGGGACCGGAGCCGCGGCCGGAGCCUGGAGCGGGGCCUGGACCACCACGACGACGACGACUACUACCGGCGAGCCCGAGAGCGCAGCCGUGGCCGCAGCCUAGAGCGGGGCCUGGACCACCACGACGACGAUUACUACCGGCGAGCCCGAGAGCGCAGCCGUGGCCGCAGCCUCGAGCGGGGCCUGGACCACGACGAUGAUCACUACCGGCGAGCCCGGGAGAGCAGCCGCGGCCGGAGCAUUGACCCGACCUACGAUCGCGCCUACAGCCCGGAGGGGGAGUAUGGCCGCAGGGCCCAGCCCGAUGCCCGGUACGGGGCGUCCCGGAGCCGCAGCCGCGAGCACCUCCACUCCCGCAGCCCCAGCCCCGACCCGCGGGGGCGGCUGGACUCGGACAGGCCCAUCGGGGUCCUUCUGAUGAAAAGCAAAGGAAAUGAAGAGUAUGGUCUCCGGCUCGGGAGUCAGAUCUUCAUAAAGGAAAUGACCGGAACAGGUCUAGCAUCUAAAGAUGGCAACCUGCAUGAAGGAGACAUAAUUCUCAAGAUAAAUGGAGCCGUAACUGAGAACAUGUCUUUAACGGAUGCUCGAAAACUGAUAGAAAAGUCAAGAGGAAAACUCCAGCUCGUGGUGUUGAGGGACAGCAAGCAGACGCUCAUCAACAUCCCCUCAUUAAAUGACAGCGACUCAGAAAUAGAAGACAUCUCAGAAAUAGAGUCAAACCGAUCAUUUUCUCCGGAGGACAGACGACAGCAGUAUUCCGAUUAUGAUUAUCAUUCCUCAAAUGAAAAGCUGAAGGAAAGACCAAAUUCAAGAGAGGACAUGCAUAGCAGAUGGUCCAGGAUGGUCGCCACACCCACUCCCUUUAAGUCCACUGGGGAUAUUGCAGCUGCAGUGAGCACAGAGCCCAGCAAGGAACCCACAUACCAAGAGGAAUCCCCAGCUCCUCCACCAAAACCAGCCCCAAGAACUGUUCUUCGUCCGAGUCCUGAAGAUUUAGCAAUAUAUGGCCCCAAUACCAAAAUGGUGAGGUUCAAGAAGGGAGACAGCGUGGGCCUCCGGUUGGCUGGUGGCAAUGAUGUCGGGAUAUUUGUGGCCGGCAUUCAAGAGGGUACCUCAGCGGAGCAAGAAGGUCUUCAAGAAGGGGACCAGAUUCUGAAGGUGAACACACAGGAUUUCAGAGGGCUCGUUCGGGAGGAUGCCGUUCUCUACCUGUUAGAAGUCCCCAAAGGCGAAAUGGUGACCAUUUUAGCCCAGAGCCGAGCUGAUGUGUAUAGAGACAUACUGGCUUGUGGCAGAGGGGAUUCGUUUUUUAUAAGAAGCCACUUUGAGUGUGAGAAAGAAACUCCACAGAGCCUGGCCUUCACCAGAGGGGAGGUCUUCCGUGUGGUAGAUACGCUGUACGAUGGGAAACUGGGCCACUGGCUGGCCGUGAGGAUCGGAAAUGAAUUGGAGAAAGGCUUAAUCCCCAACAAAAGCAGAGCAGAACAAAUGGCCAGCGUUCAGUCUGCCCAGAGAGACAGCACUGGGGACAGGGCAGACUUCUGGAGGAUGCGCGGCCAGAGAUCGGGCGUGAAGAAGAACCUACGCAAGAGUCGGGAAGACCUGACGGUUGCUGUGUCGGUCAGCACUAAGUUCCCGGCUUACGAGAGGGUUUUGCUUCGAGAAGCUGGUUUCAAGAGACCUGUGGUCUUAUUUGGCCCCAUAGCAGAUAUAGCCCUGGAGAAGUUGGCAAAUGAGUUGCCUGACCUGUUCCAAACUGCUAAAACGGAACCAAGAGACGCGGGAUCUGAGAAAUCCACCGGGGUGGUGCGGUUAAAUACCGUGAGGCAGAUUAUUGAACAGGAAAAGCAUGCACUCCUGGAUGUGACUCCUAAAGCCGUGGACCUGUUGAAUUAUACUCAGUGGUUCCCGAUUGUGAUUUUUUUCAACCCAGACUCUAGACAAGGUGUCAAAACCAUGAGACAGAGGUUGAAUCCAUCAUCGAACAAAAGUUCUCGGAAGUUAUUCGACCAAGCCAACAAGCUCAAAAAAACUUGUGCACAUCUUUUCACAGCUACAAUCAACCUAAAUUCAGCCAAUGAUAGCUGGUUUGGCAGCCUGAAGGACACGAUUCAGCAUCAGCAAGGAGAAGCAGUUUGGGUCUCCGAAGGAAAGAUGGAAGGGAUGGAUGAUGACCCCGAAGACCGCAUGUCCUACUUAACCGCCAUGGGCGCGGACUAUCUGAGUUGCGACAGCCGCCUCAUCAGUGACUUUGAAGACACCGACGGCGAAGGAGGUGCCUACACUGACAAUGAGCUGGAUGAGCCAGCUGAGGAGCUACUGGUGUCUUCCAUCACCCGCUCCUCGGAGCCGGUGCAGCACGAGGAGAGCAUAAGGAAACCUAGCCCAGAGCCAGGAGCUCAGAUGAGGAGGGCUGCUAGCAGAGAUCAACUUAGGGACAAUAGCCCGCCCCCGGCAUUCAAGCCAGAGCCGCCCCAGGCCAAAACCCAAAACAAAGAAGAAUCCUUUGACUUCUCUAGAUCCUAUGAAUACAAGUCAAACCCCUCAGCUGUUGCCGGUAAUGAAAUUCCCGGGACAUCUACCAAAGGAUGUCCACCUCCUAUUGCAGCAAAACCCGCCUUUGGACGGCCUAUACUGAAGCCGUCCACUCCCAUCCCUCCCCCAGAGAGUGAGGAGGGGGGAGAAGGCAGUGAGGAGCAGGACAGCGCCCCCAAGUCUGUCCUGGGCAAAGUAAAAAUAUUUGAGAAGAUGGAUCACAGGGCGAGAUUACAGAGAAUGCAAGAGCUCCAAGAAGCGCAGAAUGCAAGGAUUGAAAUUGCUCAGAAGCAUCCUGAUAUCUAUGCAGUUCCAAUUAAAACACAUAAGCCGGAGCCUGGCCCACCCCAGUACACAAGUUCCAGGCCCCCUGAGCCGCAGAAAGGUCCUGCCAGACUUUAUCAGGAUCCCAGAGGAAGUUAUGGCAGUGACGCCGAGGAGGAAGAAUACCGACAGCAGCUGUCGGAACACUCAAAACGCGGUUAUUACGGCCAGCAUUCCCAAUACCGGGACACGGAAUUAUAGAUGCCCGAGGAUUAGCUCUUGUGUGCCCCGCUGCCGCCCCCUCAGAGCAGCACUCCCACCAGCCGUGGGCGGAUGGUUCUUUGCAGUUUUGAUGCACUGUGGAGAUGUAGGGGCACUUCCUGGGGAGCCCAGGGGCCUGAGUCUGGGGAGCUUAUGGCUUUUGGCUCAGAAUUAAGAGAAACACUACCAUCUGAUACUGUUACCUGCUUCAGUGGACCAAAAUCUGUAUUAAUUCUGUUUGCAUAUUUUUAACAUCUAUAUUAAGAAAUAACUAUUUUUCCUCAUUAAUAGCUGCCUUCCAGGACCGUUUCAGUGAGAGACAGAAUGUGAAAAAAAUAAAUAAAAAUACUGUGUGACUCAAACUGAAUUCAAAGAAGUAGUUUAUUACAACUCUGUAAGUGCCUUUGAUGAGAAGUGUCUUAAAUUUUCUUCUUUUGAAGCUUUAUGCAAAGCCAUAAUGGACUAAAACAUUUUGACUAAAUUUUUAUACCAGUUUAAGAGCUAUGGUUUUCUCUGCACUGUGUCAUCUUUUCAAGACAUUUGUCUUUGUAAUAUUUUCCAUAAAUUCUGACUGUAUGUAUAAUAGCUAUACUUGGUAGUUUAGCUACCAGUGCUAAAUAGCUUGAAGACCAAGAAGUUGGUAUGGAAGUAUUUUGUCUGUCUGUUUAAAACUAUGUGUUCCACGAAAGCAGAUACUUGAGAAAAACACAUUCCCAAAAUUGUGUGUAUUGACUGCAGUCAGUUUUAUAAUUUAAUAAAAAGGAGGACAUUGUAAUCAA